AUGGUAGUCCUCGAGAUGGAGGUGGGCGAGCGAGCCGUCGAGACGACAACGGAUAGCAAUCAGGUUGGGAAUGUCGAGAGAGCGGAUCAACGGGGUUAUGUCACGCCGAGACUCUGGACAGAUUCGAUGUUUCUCCCACAAAUAUCAAUGCUAGACCUAGAGGGUCGUACACAAGAUUCACAGCAGUCAGCGAAGAAUGACCAGCCAUUGAAACGGAUGAUGGAGGAUCAAAACAUAUAUAUCUCGACAAUAGCAGGGGAUUACAAUUAUAUGUAG